CUCCUAAAAGUGUUCAUGAAUAUAACUUUUGGAAAACAGCUUAAAAUGAAAUAUUGUAAAAUAUUUUUCUUUCUUAUAUUAAUGAUCAUGGAUGUCUCAACAAAUGCUCAAGAAGUUACAUGUGAGGCUGAACAACUCAUCAAUGUUGACAUUUUGAUGGGACAUCCAGGUACUGCUCCACCUUAUAAACCUGGACAUAUUUUAGUUUUUCGCUGCACAGAUGUGAACCUGAAGAUGUACGGCCAACGAGCAAUUGAAUGCCUGUCAAAUGGAAAAUGGGAUUACCCGUAUCCCAAAUGUGAAGAAGUUACCUGUGAGGCUGAACAACUCAUCAAUGUUGACAUUUUAAUUGGACAUCCAGGCACUGUUCCACCUUAUAAACCUGGACAUAUUUUAGUUUUUCGAUGCACAGAUGUGAGCCUGAAGAUGCACGGACAACAAACAAUUGAAUGCCUGUCAAAUGGAAAAUGGAAUCACCCAUAUCCCAAAUGUGAAGAAUUGACGUGUAAUCUGAACACAAGAGAGAGCAACAUCAAAAUGGAGCGAUUCCCUGAUUUUGAGUGUCCAGUCAAACCUGGAUAUAAUGUAAUAUUUUCAUGCAAUGGACAAGGACUGAUUUUAAAAGGGCAGAAAGAAAUCACCUGUCAGUCAAAUGGAGAAUGGAGCAGCCCAUUCCCUACAUGUGAAGUGACGACAGUGAAAUGUGGGAGACCACCACAUGUGAACGAUGCAGAUCUAAUGGAUAUGAUAAAAACAGAAUACAACACUGGGGAGAGAGUUCAAUACUCCUGCUUUAGUAAAUACACACUGGAUCAGCGUCCACCUUUUUCCAAUUACUUGACCUGUCAGCAAGGCCAAUGGAGUGGAAAUAUUAAGUGUUUAAAGCCCUGUACAGUGACGAAGCAGAUGAUGGAUGAAAGAGGUAUAGAGUUGGCCUUUCGUGAUGACCAAAAGAUGUUUGUGCAACAUGAUGAUCACAUCACCUUUAAGUGUCAGUUGGGCAAACAUUCAAGAAGUACUGCCUUUAGACAACAGUGUAAUGAUGGAGAGAUGACUUUACCUCUGUGUGUGUGACAGAGGAAAUAAAACAUCAGUGAAGCGUUGGCUGUACUUCUAAUUAAAAACAAAUGGAACAGAUCAAAAUCUUUUUUUUUUUUUUU